UUCAUUUCUGAACGCGUUUGUGGGGUUUGGUUUGGACCACGUUUGGGCAUCGGAGUAAAGUAUUGUCAAGGAGGGUUCGCUGGUGUUUGUCGGUGUCGGAUUGAGUUUCGUUAGCGGAUUUUGUGAGAGUGACCACCUUGCGCACCUGCUCGCUGCAAUAUCCCGGCUGUUACACCCGUCUGGUCGACCAUGUCCCGAACCUGCGUGAAUUCGCCUGAACCUGCGCAAACCUGCGUCCAGCCAAAGUAGAAGCGAGUAAUGGAGUAACGCUUAGUUUUUGUAGAUUUUAACGAACGCGUGUCGGGAUCGACGCUGAGUGUUAAAGAAGCCUCGAAUAAGACAUGAGAAUGGCGAAAACGAGAAAUCGGAGUGUUCGACGCGUUUCAAUUGCGAGCUCUUUUGGUCUAUUGUUGGACAAGAAUUGACCUCAUAUCAAAGAAGGAAAGGAUGAGAGGAACACAAUUAUUACCAAUGCGCCUGCUUCGGAGACAAGUGCUUCGCGUUGUCAGUUCUUGCUUCUUUAUCAGUUGGUCGCAGAGCGAAGAUAUCGAUGUUGCAUUUUGGCUUUCAUGCGAUGCAACUCCACGAUUCGAUAUAAAUUCGUGAAACCAACAAUUUGCAUUUUAUGGAUAAAAAUGAUGAGAUUAACUGGACCAUGACAACCAAAAAGAUUGCAAGGACAUUUCAACGACUUUGUAAUUCUUGGUGUUGAGAAUCCUUUUUUAUAUACAUUUCAUCUAGAGUAUUAAUCAAGGAUAAAGGAUACGUGCUCAAAGAGCAAGGUUCAUUAUGGACGAAGGCAUGCUGGAUGAUUUGUUGGAAUGCUCGGUCUGCCUCGAGAGAUUAGAUACUUCUAGCAAAGUUUUACCAUGCCAACAUACUUUUUGCAAAAAAUGUCUGGAAGACAUAGCAAAUACACAUCGCGAGUUACGAUGCCCAGAGUGUCGGAUCCUGGUUGAAGUAAAGAUCGAUGACUUGCCACCUAAUGUUUUAUUGAUGCGCAUUUUGGAGGGCAUGCGUAAUGCUGGACCUAGGAAUGGAAAGAAUUCUACACGCACGAAUGCUACUCCUAGGCGACCUUUCGCAGGCCACCAGGUCGCCCCUGUACCUAUCAAUACUUCCAUUGCCCCUAUUGUAGCUCCCGAUUCUACUGUCAGACAUGCAGAUUCUUCUGCUAAACUUACCCGAUCACAUCCUCAGCCGUACGGGCGAGCCAUUUACGAUUAUGUCUCUAAAGUUCCAGGGGAUUUAAACUUCAGAAAGGGAGACAUUAUUACGCUAAGAAAGAAAAUUGAUAACAAUUGGUACUUUGGAGAGUCUAGCAGCAGUCAUGGUGUCUUUCCAUUAUCUUACAUUCAGGUGGUAACGCCAUUGCCACCUCAUAUUCCUCAGUGCAAAGCUUUAUACGACUUCCGAAUGACCAACGAUGAAGAAGAAGGUUGUCUGACUUUUAACAAGGGUGAGGUUAUCAGUGUAAUUAGACGAGUGGAUGAAAAUUGGGCAGAGGGAAAAUUGCUGGACCGAAUUGGUAUUUUCCCUCUGGCAUUUGUAGAACUGAAUGGUGUAGCUAGAGCUCUUAUGAAGCUGUCUGCAAACGCACAACCAGGCCCAUCCAGAGUGGCUCCACCAACUCCUACUAACGAAGAAACAACACCGUUGAUACCAACUGACCAUUCGCGAAACGUACAAACUACAAGCCAUCCUCGUCCUCAACCAGCACCCACCUCCACACUGCCAGUGUCAGACUCAAACUCCACCCUUUCCUCUGGAGGUAGUUCUACGACAACAACCACACCAAAUACUCCAAAUAGUUCGAGCACAUCUAGCAGCUCAAGCACGGCUCCAAGCAGCCCUGGUAGCCCAGCUACUUCUCCGAUGGCAGUAGGCACAAGGCAAAGCGUCAAACGCCACAGUUUCACUGCCAACACAAGGCAUCAUUCUCAUUCACACUCUCACCACAGACACAGUGCGGAGAUACUUAGUCCUGCAGUGGACGCUCUAAUAGCUGGGAACGGUUCAACUAAUGGCAACGGAACUGGAAAUGGCGCUGGCUCCAAUGAACAUUUUGCUUUGGCGGUUUUGACGAGCCCUGACCCUACGGAGUACAGUCUUCGCCAUCGCCGCAGUGGAAGUAGCGACCAGGUCCUCGCCCAAAGUCUUUCGACAAGUGUAGUCAACACUGCGAGCACUACCUCCAACAGUUGCCACUUGCCCGCAGCGUACAUAGCCUUGUAUCCGUACAAACCUCAAAAAGCUGAUGAGUUAGAGCUUAGAAAAGGCGGCAUUUAUAUGGUCACCGAACGUUGUCAAGAUGGCUGGUUCAAGGGAACGUCGAAUCGUACCCAAAAGUGUGGAGUCUUUCCAGGCAACUAUGUCACACCUGCGAAAUGCCAACGCGGUGCCUGUCGUACAGCUUCGAGUGGCUCGGUACCGUCCCAACAGGGUGCCGCCCUGGCUUCCGUACAAGUGAGCGCCGGUGAACGAUUACACGCCUCUUGUACAAGGACAAAUAAGAGCGGCCCUUCUUUGCAGCAACCGUUCAAUUUACACUCCCUGCCACCGCCGGAAUUACCCCCGCGGUCUGCCAGUCCUAGCCCCGUGUCUUCGUCGACCUGGCUAAAUAAGAGCCAGUCUCCACCCCGAGGUGGCGAGCAAUCAAUGAACGCUACCGGCACGACCCCCACCACAUCCAGCAGUGCCGCCACUACUGUGAUUGGACGAACCCAUGCGACAGUGUCGCCGCCUACUGUCGCAGCGUCGCCAGGUAGUCAAGCAGCAGUAGCUCCUAUUUUGCCAUCAACUCCUGAUGUUCAUCGUGAACCAAGUCGAAGUCCGAGCAGCACUGCUCGCAUGUCCUCCAACGCGCCCAUGUCUCUCCCGACCGCGUCUACCGUUGCACCAUUAAUUAAUGUGAGAAGCGCUGAAAAGCCGAAAGAGAAGAAGGACCACAAGGGCGUUUCCUUGAUGCGGCGUUUGACGAACAUCAAGAAAUCCAAAUCACCUCCUCCGGCCACGUACUCCAUGGAUAAUCCUGUGUUUGACGAUGGGAACUCUAUCGGCACCUCCAAUCCAGUACACAUGCGGUCGGGGUCUUGCCCCAGCCAGUUGCUACAGAUGGGGCCUGCGCAAGAAAUAAAUAAUCCGGUGCACAACCAACAACGAUUGCACCUAGGAUCCGGUCAAGGACUCACACAUGCCGUCAUUUCUGAGAGGGCUAAACAAAAGGAGAAAUACUCCCUGCCUGUCUCCCAAUGUGUUUUUACGCAGAGGCCUGGAGAUCCGACAACGGCGACAAACCCGACCGGCAGUAGUCAUCAUCGCAAGAGCAACUCUUUAGACGCUGGAAUGGGAAAGCACAUAAAGCAGCACCAAUUUUCAUCGAGAGAAAGGGAACGCGUAUACAGAUUUCGUUGUAUCGUCCCAUAUCCUCCGAACAGCGAGUUCGAAUUGGAGCUGCGCGUCGGAGACAUAAUCUACGUACACAAGAAACGCGACGACGGUUGGUAUAAAGGCACGCAGGAACGCACAGGUCGUACCGGUCUCUUUCCGGCCAGCUUCGUCGAAGCCUUUUGAGAUUCAACCAGCGCUCGAUUCCUAUUGGAGACCUGCAUUUAAAUCGUUCGCGGUGAGCCGAUCGACAAUUCCACACCGCGGUAAAAGGAUAGAUGCAAAAUGUGGUCCCUGUGUACGGCGUAACCGUGCAGUGGCACGCGACGUAUGGUACACAGGAAGAGGGCCAAAUCGAGCAAAUUUCGUUGCGCGUAUUCUAUGUACGUGCCUUUUUUAUAGCUGUAGCCGAGAGGUUGUCACCAUUAGCCAUAUCGCGGCGUUUAUCGAGACUAUAGACGACGAAUCGUUCGAGGACGCGGGAUGGCGAUUGAAAUCGACUCAGUGAAGAAACUCUUCCGCGCGAUGAUGACACCUAGUGGAAGAUGUUUCGCGAGAAAUUCACGUUCGUAAAAAAGUGAACUUGCUUCCCGUCCGCGUGUAAACCUUAUUCCGAUGUCUAAGAUAGAAAACGCGUAUAGACUAGAGGCAUACAAUUCCCCUUUUUGGAGGUGGUUGCGAAAGACACUCGGAAAAGCGUCCCUUGCGGUGACUUUUACCAUUGAUCGGUGAUCGUGCUCGAUGCGUCACUGUUGAACAUUAUCAGUCGAGAGGAUGGAGAAAGUGACGUCGCUAGGGUAUAAGUUUUUCUUUUAACUCCACUUCCAAGGAAGGGACUCGAAGCCCGUUGCCGUAUGUAUGUAUGCAUGUAUGUACGUAUGUGAGCGUGAUUGUGCGCAAUUCGAUGUACUCGAGGUGACUAGGUAAUAAGCUUAAUUCGGAAUCGUCUGUACUGCCAUUAACCCCUUACCGAGUGUGCGGAGACGAAGGCGAGGCGUAUAUCGUGAAUAUUAUCCGUCGCGUUUAUGUGCAUGUACACUAGUGAUAUCGCAACUAUCGCAUUUAUAUAAUUGACAUUCGAUCGAUCGUCGGAGCUCGGGACAUCACUUCGCGUCAAAAUACUUUUCGAGCAGUCCAAAACACCCUGUCCUCUUCGGGGGAAUACAAACGUACCAUGCCGCUCCAAAUCGUGCCUUCGAUAUUGCCAGGAAAAUUCGCGGUAAAUAGCGACACCAGGAGUGUCUUCGGAAAGAACGGUUGGGCUGGUUUGAAACGGCGUUCAAUCUUUAUUAGCGUUGUACGAAAUCGAUUCGAGAACUCGUUAUUUCCGAAUGCAUCUCGACUGGUCUCUCGUGCACGAAACGCAUCGCCACGAUGUCAUGUCCCGUGCCUUUAAACCCUGCUUCGAAAAGAAUGGAAACCAUUAACGUGUAGCGACCAUUUUCUUUACUAGCUGUUUACAUAUAUUAUACACGGUGUAAAACUGCUAAUUGGUGUUUAAGAAGUCAUUAAAGUGUACUUUGUUUUUCGUCCGCGGAAGUCGUUUACCGAACGCCUGACGAUGCGACGAGCUUGGUCUUAAAUAUUUAAUAAACUAGUGAAUAAUUAUGCUACAAGCAAUGCAAUGACGCGCAAUACUUUUCUCCGUCGACUGGCACUGCGAUUAUUUACCUGUAUGAAGUACAACAUUGUAUACGGUUAGUUAGAAUCGUUUCUUAUACGUUUUCUCGAAUUCUGUAACCUGCGAACUUUGCGUCGUCGAGGUAAUCUGUGACGUCAGUUUUAAUAUUACGUAAUUUCACUUUU